CGCGUGGUUUGAUCAGUGUGUGUCUCUGGAAAGAGUACUAGAGUACUGUAGCCAAUCCGCUAAUCGUUUCGCAAUCGUGUUGGUAUGCUACGUGUUCAUAUCCUGAUGUUUCUUUUCUUCCUCCCUCGGAAGGAUGCAGAAGCUUUUGUCAGUAAAUGUAUGAGACAUGAAGAUUGUUUGUCAUGCAUUCAAGACUCUUGUAGUCGUUCACGGCGACAGGUCAAAUUUUGUGAGACGGUUUCAGCUUGUUCAUGGUGUCCAGAUCGCAAGCAGUGCCUUCCAGCUUAUUUUUCCCCUCAAUUUGCAUGUCCGAAUGAUACCGAGAAAGACCGUCCAGGUCAAAUUUGCCAGAAAAGUCAAGACACUACACAGCAACAAAAGUCUAACUGCAUUAUACCAGGAGAAGAUUUAGCAGUCAUACUUCCAAAAUUUGAUGUUUUGUAUCAUCAAUCUUCUGGCCCGCCUUAUUUUAGUGUUGCUCUAAACCUCUGCCAGACCGUCUCACAACAUAGUGAAAUAGGAGGUAAAUGUGGAAGCAAUGCUGAGCUGCAAGUUGUUGAAAUGGUAGAUGCCUGUCAAAGUUUUCAAUUAACACAAGCUGAGUUAAAGGAGAGAUACUAUUGUUGGUCAAUACGUCAGGCUAAAAAUCCAAUUCUCAAUUUGAAUGACAAGUCAGAUCCAAGUGUUGGUGCUUCAAUUUUAUUUGGCAAUUUAAGCUGUUGUCCACAAAAUGGCACUGAUGCAUCUGAUCCUGGGACAAUAGGUCAGAUUCCCAUAAGAAUUAUUCUAGAACCCCCAAGUAGAGGAUGCAAUGACCAUGAUCUAUUUGAAAUAGUGAAAUCAAGAACUAGUGAUUUUCGAGCUAUGUUGGAUUGUUCUUUAUUGCAAGGAAACUACUUUGACAUUGUGGUUGAAACGUCACGAUUAUGUCCGGCGAAUAUCGAUUAUGCACUUAAUGUAAGUGAAACAUAUUUGUCCUGUCAUGUUGACAAAUUGAAUAGAGUCAAUUGCACUGUAUUUCUUCACGGAAGAAAUGCUUCAGUAACGUCAGAUUCUGUAUGUUCUUUUGACCAUUUUCAAGUUCAACUGAAAUCAAGUGACAACAGUGAAAUAAAAUAUUUGUCGGAGUUUUCUGUCAACAAUACUAAUCGAUGUACAUUUUCUGUAGCAGUGGAUAGUUUGGAAGCAGUAAUUGUAACAUAUUCAUUUGAACCGUUUGUUUCUCAUGGAAAUAUCAGUGGAUCACCAUAUCUUUUAUCUCUGAGUCACUCAAAGUCACGCUUUCCGUAUUUGUACAUCGCUGGUGGUGGGGGUUUGAUUUUAAUAAUACUAGUUUUCAUUGUUGUUUACUGUGUCAUACGAAGGCAUAAGACAAGAUCUACUAUUAUUAAUGACAGCGAAAGAAGGAGAGGUGACAGUGAGCUACAGGAUCAAGGGUCAGUGGAUCCUAAUGGCCAAGAAUAUCAAGAGAAAGAGAGAGAUUACAACACUGCAAAUAGUGAUUUGCGACAGAUGUUUUUGGGCUCAGCUGAGCAUGCAGGGAGUCCUGCUACAAAUGGGUAUGAGUACUCACAAACUGGUAUGACCCGUUUUCUAGUUGAACAGAAACCUUUGGUAAUGGGGCAAUUAGUAUCUAAAGAUGAAUUCUUGGCUGAAGGCAAGUAUCAUGUAUGUGUGAUCCGUCGUCAGGAAGAUACUGCUUGGGUUGCUGACAACUUGACACCAUUAUUUGAAUGUUAUGAUUUGGCAGUAUGUGACAUUUACACACCACAGGAAAAUACUGACUUGGGACGAUUGUUCUCUGAUUUCAUUAUAAGUGCCAUUAAUUCGAGUUCUUGUUUUCUUAUUGUUUGCUCACCAGAAACGGAGAAAUCUGGAGACUUUCCAUUUAAAUUUGCUGUUUCUCAUGCAUUGCAUAAUGCUGUUAGUAAGGAUGAAACAGCCGAGAAGUUGCGAGUCAUUUUAGUUAAUGACAAAAAAGAGUCUAUUCCUGAGGAUUUGCAAAUCUUCACUUUCAUUGACUGGGCGGAGGAAUCUCAACGCGAAUUGUUGAAGGAAACCUUCAAAUCAAUCGCUGAAAGAGAUGGAAAUUACUAAAUGAUUUUGCAUUUCUGUUAUUGACGCUAAUUUUCAUUGUAUACCUAUGAAGUGAUUUACUUUUACUAGCAGCGUAUGAAUUAGAGGGGUGUUUUACAUUGUGACUACUGUUUUGUGAGUGUUAUUAAUUUGGACGGGUAAAGAGUGGUAGUCAGGUUUUUGAAUUUGCUUUAUUCUUUUGAUUGGAAUCUCUUUCUCAGACGCGCAUGGGCACACAUGCACAUCUG